AUGCCAGACUUGCUGAAGACGACAGCGCUAUUUAUCCUGAGCUCGACUUUCCGGUGGGGAGAUUCGGUCAGGGUGGAGAACUCGGAAAUUGCGAAAAUCCUCCAUCGGCCGAUCAGAGCUCUCUCGUUUCCGGAAAACAGCGGCAUGGGCAUCUUCUUCGCCCUGGCCGUGCCCCUCGAGGAGCCUCUAAACCAGGUCUCCCUCUCGUACUUCUUCGAGGCGACGUACCAGUUGCCUCCAAAUUCCACGGAUUUCGGUCCAUGGCUCAACCCUGACGAGUACAGAAGGAAAAAGCGAAGCCUAGACAGAACCACCACCUACGGAAUCAUCGAAAAUAAAUUCGAAAGUUUCGGAUAUCCGGGCAGGGAGUGUCUCCUGAGAUCGAUCUGCGAGGCCUCGCAGCAUCCCUUGGAGCACAAUGGAGUUUUGGGCGACAUCCUCCGUGUCAUCUUCGCGCCGUCGACUUCCCGCCCGGAGGACCUGCCCGAAGAGGUCCUGAAGGCUGAGCACCAUGGUAAGGAUGGGUCCUGCGAGGGAUACGAGAAGAUCUGCCCCCUAGGACUCCUCGACCUGGUCGGGACCCUUCUUUAA